UAUUUAGUCGAGCAGAGUGACGUGCUGAUGUAAAUAUGCAGGGUGAGAAAUUACCAGAAAAGACCAGAAAUGUGCUCCCGUUAGCUCAAAAAUAGCUAAGUAGAAACAACAGGAAAUGUGGUGUUGAUUGGAUUUUGCUAUAGCUGGUGUUUUAACGCAUUACUUUCGGGAACUGAUAGUUCUCGUGUAUUUAUUUAAUUAUUAUUUUUUUCGCUUCAUUGUCUAUCCAAUAUGGUGGACCGCUACAGGCCCCCACCACAGCUGGCUACAAUAACGAAAGGUGCAGACAGUAAAAUGUGUGGUGGUGGGAGACAGUGAAGCUCAAAAAAACCUCCUUAUUGAUCACCUACACAACAGGCCACUUGUGUGCUGUAAAAUUAAUUCAUUAUUUAGUUAGUGAUAUAAAAUGUGGUUUUCUAUGUUGUUGCUUUUGUUUAUGCUCUAAGGUUUUUGACCAAUAUUCAGUCCUGGUAGAGAUUAGUGGACAACCCUACUGUCUUGGCCUGUUUGACACAGCAGGUGGCAGUAUAUCAGUUCCUCUAAAGAACUGAGUCUUGUGGUUUGCGGCUGCGCACAAAGUAGUUCUACCCUCAAACCCGGAUGAAACCAACGCCUAACUUGUCGGUAGAAAAACGAUGCAGACUAUAAAAUGUGUAGUGGUAGGGGACGGUGCAGUUGGAAAAACCUGCUUGUUGAUCUCCUACACAACCAACAAGUUCCCCUCAGAAUACGUGCCCACAGUUUUUGACAAUUAUGCUGUGACGGUGAUGAUUGGGGGGGAGCCCUACACGCUGGGCCUCUUCGAUACAGCAGGUCAGGAGGAUUACGACAGGCUGCGUCCUCUCAGCUACCCACAAACAGAUGUUUUCCUCGUGUGCUUCUCAGUUGUCUCCCCGUCGUCGUUUGAAAACGUCAAAGAAAAGUGGGUUCCGGAGAUUUCUCACCACUGUCCAAGCACACCUUUCCUGUUAGUGGGAACGCAAGUAGACCUGCGGGAAGACAGCAACACCCUGGAGAAGCUGGCUAAAAACAAACAGCGCCCCCUGUUCCCUGAGAGCGGGGAGAAGCUGGCUCGGGAGCUCAAAGCCGUCAAAUACGUGGAGUGCUCUGCGCUCACGCAGCGAGGGCUGAAGAACGUGUUUGAUGAGGCCAUACUGGCGGCGCUAGAACCUCCCGAGAUCAAAACGAAGAGGAAAUGUGUUCUCCUAUAAAGAAAUGCCGACGACGAGGCGAAAUCGCAGGGAAAAUUCAACUGAAGCAUCCAUUUGGUAGCAAGGAAAUACGGACAGAAUACGGAAGAACGGUGCCAUAGAGAUUUUAUUUUAUUUUAUUAUUUUUAACACGAGCUCAAUGAUUGUACCUUCUGAAAUGAGAACAUAUUGCCUUCAACAUGCAAUAUUUAUCCUUUACUGAAAGCUUUUAGAAACUACUGUAUUCUCCUUCUGUAUUCAGGUGUCCCCUCUCCCUUUUCCCUUACUGCUUACUGUAACGAUUCUAUGCUGCAUUUUGUGUUAAAGGAGAGAUUCUUUUAUCAAGUUCCUCAUUGUUCUUUACUUCAGCAACAUGGUAAGACAUUUAAAGAGGCACUGAAAUGUGAAGUGGUACUUUUUAGUUUCUUUUUUCUUUUUUCCUGCCCUUUUGAAUUAGCUAAUGAAAAGCCAAAGAAAUCUGUCACGUUUACCUCCCUCAAAGUUAAGUGAAUUCCUGUUGGGUUUUUUUAUAUAUCUGAGUUCUAGGAAAUCUUUGUAGUCUUUUUUUGAUUUUAAACUUGAAUUUAUUUUGUCUGGUUGAUUUUUUAUUUUUUUUAUUUGCUAAAUGACCAACAAUGAUUUGAUUGAUGUUUGAAAACAAUUAAGGUGUAAUAUUUUUGAUAAAACUCAACCUUGAUAUAAGGUGAUGAAUCUUUUUAGAAGUGUUCAGGGUUUAAGAAAUCAGAGGAUAUUUUUAAUAAAAUCCUUUUUUUUUUAGUCAAAAGUGAAAA